AUGGCGUCUGCUGAUCUGAGACAGGAGCUGGACUGUUCCAUCUGUCUGAGCAUUUAUACAGAUCCUGUAUCACUGAGAUGUGGCCACAACUUCUGCCGGGUCUGUAUUAAUUUAAUGCUGGAUAUACAGGAGGGAUUUGGAGUUUAUAGCUGUCCUGACUGCAGAACAAAGUGUCUGGAGCGUCCUGUACUGAUACAGAACAUAACGCUGUGUAACAUAGUGGGGAGUUUCCUGUCUACCCGGCCAGAUCAGGAGGAGACUGGGAUCUACUGCACUUACUGCGUGGACUCUCCUGUACCUGCUGCUAAAUCCUGUCUGCAUUGUGAGGAUCAUCUGUGUGAUAAACACCUGAGAGUACACAGCAAGUCAGCAGAACACGUCUUAUGUGAUCCCACCACUGCCCUGGGGAACAGGAAAUGCUCCGUCCAUAAGAAGGUCCUGGAGUAUUACUGCACUGAGGACGCUGCCUGUAUCUGUGUGUCCUGCUGUCUGAUCGGGGAACACAGAGGACAUCAGAUGGAGUCACUGGAUGAGGCCUCUGAGAAGAAGAAGAAGAAGCUGAGAAAUGUUCUGCAGAAACUGACCACAAAGAGAGCGGACACUGAGAAUAGAGUGCAGAGUCUGCAAGAGCACAGGAGAGAAGAUCAGGGAAAAGCAGCUGGUAUAACAGUGGCAGUCACAGCCCUGUUUAGAGACAUCAGGAGACAGCUGAAAGACCUGGAGAAGAGAGUCCUGAGUGAGAUCUCCAAGCAGACAGCGUGUGUUUCACUCUCAAUCUCUGAUCUGAUCCAUCAACUGCAGAAAAAGAAGGACGAGCUGUCCGGGAAGAUGCGUCACAUUGAGGAGCUGUGUAACAUGACUGAUCCAGUGACUGUCUUACAGGAACCAGACACAGGGGACAUGUGUGAUACUGAGGACACAGAGAGACGUGAUACCCAGGUCCAUUAUGUAGGAGAUCUGGAUGUGGGUCUCAUCUCAGGGGCAUUACACACAUUAUCUGAUAUAAUAACAGGGAUAAAUACAGGGAUCUAUGUGCAGGAAGCUACUGACCUAUUACUGGAUGUCAACACAGCUGGUGAUAAUAUAGAGAUAUCAGGUGACAGGAAAACUGCAUCAUGGUCAGAUAUAGACCAGAAUCAUCCAGAAACACCAGAGAGAUUUCAGUGCAAUCAGGUAAUAAGCACCAGGGGAUUCUCCUCAGGGCGACAUUACUGGGAUGUGGAUGUCCGUAAAUCAAAAUGGUGGAUGGUGGGGAUGUGUUACCCCAGUAUAGACAGGAGAGGAGAUCAGACAUACAUUGGAGGUAAUAACAAGUCCUGGUGUCUGUGUAGGUGGUAUAAUCGGUACUCGGUGAUACAUGACAGGAAAGAGAUGCUGUUACCUAACAAUAUUCCCUAUGACAAAGUGAGGGUAUACCUGGAUUAUGAGGCAGGACAGGUGUCCUUUUAUGCUCUGUGUGACCCCAUCAGACACUUAUACACCUACACUGCCACCUUCACUGAGCCCCUCCAUGCUGCAUUAUGGGUAUGGGACAGCUGUAUUACUAUAUCUGGGGGAGCGACGGACUGGGGAGAUGACGAUAUGAAAUCUGCCCAGAGACUGGUGACAUCACAGGGGGAGGAGAUCUGAGUUAUGAAACACUUAGCCAAUAGAGCAUACUUGCCUACCCUCCCGGAAUGGUCGGGAGGCUCCCGAAAAACGGGUGACCCUCCCGGCCCCACGGAAGAGCAGGGAAGUCUCCCAAUUUACGGGGGUCACCCCCUGCCUGCCGCCCACUUAACGAGUAAAGUGGGCGGUCCGGGCAGGUGAUGACGCGAUUUUUGUUGAAUCACGUCAUCGUACCCAGGCCCCCUACUGUAUAAUGCCGGUAAUCGCGGCAUUACACAGCGGGGGGCGUGGCUUAAAUGACGCUGCCCGGAAACCAUGCCCGUUCCGCCUCUGGUCCGCCCCCGUUCUGCCUCUGGCCCGCCCCCCUGUCACGUCACUUCAUUGCCCGCCCCCCCCCCCCCCCCCUGCUGAGCCGACGGGCUGCUCUCUCCCGGAGAGAGCAGCCCAGAAGUCGGCAACUAUGCAAUAGAGUGACAGUGAUUUAGGUCAGUCUUACUGAGGAACAGAUGUACUAAGCCUUGGAGAGUGAUAAAGUGGAGUGAGAUAAAGUACCAGCCAAUAAGCUCCUAGCUGCCAUGUUACAGGCUGUGGUUGAAAAAUAACAGUUUGGAGGUGACUGGUUGGUACUUUAGCACUCUCCACGGCUUAGUACAUCUCCCCCUUAGAGCGGUGAUUGGUUGCAGUAACUGUCAGUAUAUCCCCUACGACUAGUCAGCUCUGUGCUUGCUCCUAUUGGCUGUAGUGCAUGAUGAACGCUCCACCUUAUGUGGGUUCCAUGAUAAUUUCUUACAUAAUGCAAGAUAGAUUGGACUACAAAUCCCAGCACGUGUCUCUGAUAGUUUUUAUUGACUGGAUAUUUGUUAGAUUCCUAAAAUAUAUUUAUUAUUUCUCUGUAACAAAAAUACUCAUUAUACAGUUUCCACUUUAUACCAGACGACCAGGCAGCUGUUAAACUGUACUACAGACAGGGCCGGACUGGCCAUCUGGCAGUUCUGGUACAUGCCAGAAGGCGCGAUGGGCAGGUGGGCCGAUCCGGUCCCUGAGAGAGCCGGAAAGGCAGCGUGCAGCGCAUCCUCCGGCUCUCUGGUUCAGCCGCCCCCCACCGGUCUCCAUGGAGAUGGGGGCGUGCCGCAAGUCCACGCCCCUGGACUCGCGGCGCGCCCCUGCCCCCCAGAAAGCGUCACCAUGGUAAUGGGAGGGCGUGCCACGAGUCCACGCCCCCAUGAAUCGCGGUAUGCCCAGGUACAUCGCAGCGGCACGCCCACAUGACGACGGUGCGCAUGCUCACGAGUGCCCGGGCCGAAUUAGAGCCCCAGUCCGUCGCUGGCUACAGAACAUAUCUAACCAACCAACAACACCAAGAAGCACAUUAUUCUAUUUCUUUCAUCCACAUAGGAUUAUAAAAAAAGAAAUAAAAACAAAAUACAUUUUAUAUAUAUAUAUAUAUAUAUAUAUAUAUAUAUAGAGAGAGAGUACAAUGUCCGCACUCCAUACAACAGGGGGUCCAGCAGCGGGGUGCUCCAAUAUAGAUUGUGAAUUCAAAUAUACAAUUUUUUAGAAUUGCGCACUCACCAAUUGAUGAAUAAAAAAGUUCUUUAUUA